UGAACUGAAGCUGAGUAAUAGUAAUUCUAGAGACCCGUGGAAUCGAUAUUUAUUACUUGGGCCACUAUACUGCAGUCCCUUUCAUUGGUUACACUUGGCCAUUGUUAGGUGUUUUGUUUUAGCGUGUCAAGUUUUUGGCGCCGUUGCCGGGUACUUUCUAGAUUAUUAGGAAAGGCAGAAGUUUGUUACUUUAGCGUUUUUCUUUUCUUUUCCACCCUUCCUUUUUACUUGGGUGUUUUUUGUUUUGUUGGUGCAGAUCUGAAUCAUGGAUCCUCAUGGCUUCUCCAACCAUUGGGGGUAUCCACCACCAUCCGGGUGGUAUUACCCCGAGACUCCCUACAGCAAUCAAGGAGGAGAAGACUAUGGAUUCCGGUUCCAGUACCAACCCUCUUACUACGGAGAACAAUCAGACCUCUGGGCAUAUCAAGAACAACCUCAUUACCAAGAAGACUUUCUCCCACAACCAGAACGGCCAUCGGAGCUGGAGUUACCCAUGGCGGCCUUCACGGGCCACUCUGCAGAGCCAUGCUACACUUCACUGGAAGAUCCGAACAAACAAUUAAGGCCUCUCGUGGAGCAGUUUGCUCGAGACACUGAGAGAUCCUGCUCCAAGAUGGAUCUUCAAAUCAAAGCCCUUGCCCCUUCAAAUCCCUCAUUUCUCCAUGAUAUGGAGGAGACUGUUCAGCGCUCAGCGAAGCAAACAGAGUGGGUGCAGCAAGUUUGCUCACAUCUUGCUCAAGAUCACCUUUAUGCUACCACGCUAGAAGAGGUGGAGGAUGACAAAGGCUACGGGGAUGUUGAGGAGCAUAUAGAAGUUAUCACAGAGAACUCCCAUGAUAAUCAUGAUCAGGAAAGUCCUCUAGUUGCAUAUCACACAUUUCCUUAUUUCUGCUCUAACAUGCUGGGCCCGAGCGAGGAGAUGCAAGAUGAUCUCAUUGAAGAAAUUACAUGGCGACUUGCUCUCCAAUAUGUGCUAGAAGAAGAAGAGCAAGAAAGGGUGCAGAAAGAAGUUGUGGAGGAUGACGAAAGUGAAGCAGGAGGAGUUCUUGAUCAUUUCCCAAGGGUGAUACCACAUGAAAAAGAAAGGGGGGUUGAAGAAGCAAUUGGCGUCCAGGCUGAGGACGGAGUUAAGGUGGAAGAGGCCUGCACCAGCCAUGAGUUGCAAGUAAUAUCCCCACCAAACUUUGAGGAACUGCUUAGCAAGGACCCAUUUGCAGUGUCUCUUUGCCAGACUAAGGCCACAUCAACAUCGGUCCCUCUUGGUGGACGCGAUGGUGGCCAAUCGAUGCUGUCAUAUCUGGUUUGAGGCAAUGAGACGAGAGAAGAGAAGAAGAGGUCUCGAGGGUGGAGACUUCAUCUGCAUCAAGUACAUGAGCCUUCAUCACCUGCCACACCACAUGCUUGUGACUUGAGACUCCACCUCAUCGACGAGAACCUCAACUUCAAGGAGGUUCUAGCAUGGACCGAAACUUAGGAGCCAUCGUGCGGCUCAUGACGUGAAAGAAGCGCUUGUUGGGAGGCAACCCAACCAGUCAGUUUGCAUUUCUUUCUCUAUUUCUCCUAGGUUGAGUCAGUUUUGUUAUUUGAUUUUAGAGUCAAUAACUCAACCUUUGUGAGAUUUUGUGUGGUGUUUGUGUUCUGAUUACUCUCUCUUUCUGGAAUGCACCGCCUGACCCGUUCAUCAUCAUUCACCCUUGAUCUGGUAACUUCGUUCUACCCUCCUUGUCUUUCCUCCAUUGAGGACAAUGUCGUGCUUAAGUGUGGGGGGGUGUUCGAUUAUUUAUGCGGGUGAAUGUUUGGCUGUUUGUGUGCUUGGAGCCUAGUCCACUGUCCAAAUCUCGAGAUUUGAGGGCUCCAAGUACGGCUGUUUGAUCAUAUUGGCACUGUGUUUGAUUGGUGAAUUGAAUGGUUUUCGGAUUAAUGCAUGACAACUAGAUGGUGAUUAGGACAACCUAUAAUGAUGACUGAGACGUGCAGUAGAAUUGUGUAGGGUUCAGUUUUUCAACUGUUUGCUUACCAACUGUGACUUGGAUUGAUUACUUGUUUUUGACAGUCUCUUAUGCAUCUAGUUCAGGGAAUCAGAAUGAGAGAUAGAGCAUAUAGGUAGCCAUGUGAGAUUUGAGCCUGCUCGUUUCUUUCUUGUGUGAUAGUUCCCUCUUCCAUGAUGUGCAGCAUUCACGUUGUCAUUAGCUAAGAUGAUGGAGGCAUAGGAUUAGCCCACGACCAAAUUGACUGUCCUGGUGUGUCAUACCCCCUAGUCAGCCCCUUUGAGCCGUGAGUUAUCCUUUCUUUCGGUCUUCAAUGAAAAUUCACCCUUUUGCAUCUUUUAGAAAGUUCCACAAAGUGAUUUUUACAUGUUCUCUGCUGUUUCUGCUAAAUGUAAUGUGAGAGUUGGAGGUAGUUCUUAAAAAGUUGGGCAGGCGUUUAAAAAUAUGCAGAGGUGGUGGUUCUCUUAAGAAAUGAAAAAAUGAAAGAAAAACAAAGAAAAAAUGAAAGCAAAAGUGAGCCACCACCAAAAAUCUGAAUAGUGCCCAUUAAGUAGUGCUUCUUAGCAGUCUGGCUUAGAAGUACUGGUAUUUAUGUGACCUCCUUCGCUCUUGUGCUCUGAAUUUGAGUAAUGCAGAAUAGCAGAAAGAAAGUACUGGUUUGAUUGACUGUGAGUUUGUUGGGUUUGGAAUUGUGGAACCUUGUGCUAUGAAUACUUCCACCACCUAAAAGGCCUUUUCCCCAUGUCCAAGACCCUAGCCAGUCAUUUGAACCUGUGUCUGAGACCUCCUGAUGAGUUAGUGAUGACAACCAUUUAUGUGAACUCUAACCUUUAGAGGUUGCCGUCAUGGUGAAGAGAUGUUAGGAAUUGAAAGAAAUAGUAUGCGCAUUUUUCGCAUCAAAUUGUCCUGACCCCACUGGUCGAGAGUGAGCGGUUCAUUUCCUUUUUCUUUACACUCUUUACCCGGUGAGGACCUAGAUGGCUCGGUCUUGAUUCUGAUUUCUUGAGUUUUAUGCAAGAGUUGACUGUCUUGAGCAAGUGGUUGAGUAAAGUCUAGGUUGGUUAAUGAACAGAAGGGAGACUCCUCAUUUACUCGAUUUUGCUGCACUCGAAUGUCUUCUGUGGUGGUUGUCCAGGUUGCUAUUAAGGUUGUUCAUGUGUUGAUGUUUGGAAACCUUUAUGAUUCACGUGUUCUGUGCCUAUAUGACUUGUCCCCAAUGUUGGUAUGAUUGAAAUAUGUGAGCUUACCUUGUGUCUGACUUGGUUUGCUUGGGGACAAGCAAACGGUUAAGUGUGGGGGAGUUUGAUAAGCCGUUAAUUGCACAUGUUUUUACCCCUAUUCUGGAGCCGUCUGGGAUGGUAAUUCUCGUGUUUUAGGCCGAUUUCACGCUAGGUUGUGUUUGUUUGUGAUAUUUCAGGUCCUAGCAAGUGAAUGAAGGUUUAGGAGCGAGUUCGGGGUCGAUUGGACGAAGAUCGGGCGAGAGGCAAGUCGAAAAGGAAGCCACACCAGCACACCCACAACUCACACGGCCGUGCAAGUGACCACUUUGGCCGUGUGAGAUUGUGCGAGCCUUCACACAGCUUGCCUUGAUAUCCACACGGCCGUGUGAAGGAGUGGUUUGGCCGUGUGGAAUUAUGCGAGGCUUCACACGGCCAGGCAGGGUGAUCCACACGGCCGUGUGACCCUGGCCGUGUAUGAAGCCUGAAGUGCAACUAAUCGGGACGCAGCGUUUUGAAGUCACACGGGCAACUGGGUAUGCUACACGGCCGUGUGGCCCUGCCCGUAUGAGUCGGGAAUUGCUGGUUAAAACCCGAUUUUCAGGAAAAGGAGAGGGGAGAGCUGAGUUUUGGAUCCCAAACACCCAAGGGACGAACCCUAGAGAGAGAGAGAGCGACUUGGGAACAUUCUUGGAGCUAUUUUGGAGGAUUUCUUCGCCAUUGGAGCUCGGGAAUCAAGCUUGGAGAUGGAGAUUGAAGAUCUAGAUCAGAUUUCUGCAGUCUCUCUCUUCUCUAUGGAGUAACUUCCCUUCACUUAGGUUUUGAGGAACCCUAGUUCCAUGAGUUAGGAUCUUUCUUGUAUGAAGUUUUGGAUGCUAUAUUGUUUGAUUAUAAUCGAAUGAUGCAUGUUUAUUGAGUCAAUUGAAGUCUGAUCAACUUUUCCUGAUUUCUGCUGCAACCUGAGAUAGAUAGAAUCUGAUUAGGCUGUUAGAGCCUCAUCAUUUGGUAGUAGGAGAUUGGCUAUACGAGAGUUAGCCAGUUUACUACUUUGUACUGGAAUCCAAUUCCAGUAGUGGAGUUCUGUGCUUAUUGCUUCAGCUUUCUAUCCCGGUGAAGACUAGUCGUCUGCCGUAUAGUUAGACUAAGAGGGCUUGGUCAGCUUAAGAGAUUCCAAGCUACUGUCGGAUCUUCCGCAGUUUAAUCAACAGUAAAACAACCAAAAGGAAUUACAACUUGGACCUAAUUGAGGAGCUAGGGGGAAUCAUACCUAAGUGAGUUCACAACUUGUAAUUAGUAGAGUAGUCAGUAGAGUAGUUUAUAAAUCAAUCCUUAAUCUAGUUUGCUAGAUAAUGAACUGAAGCUGAGUAA